GCCUGCGCAAAGGGGAGACGCGAGCGCCGCGUGGACGCCGAGCGCAGCCGGCGCCGGCGCUUUGGCUACUCCCCAGUGAUUGGUUCCUGUCUUCUGGGACGCUGCAGUAUAGUUUUCACUUUCUCUCUUCCUUCUUCUUCUUCUUCUUCUUCUUCUUCUUUUUUUUUUUUUGUCUCAGUCCUUUUCCUUUGGCCACAAGGUUUUACUUCCGGUUGCUGGCUCCCGUCAGCGAUAGAGUCGACAUGUUUCCUCAGGCGGCCCGGCGGCCGGGGAAUGGUUCUCGCUUGUGACCCUGAGGGGAGACUGGGCUCUGUCCCGGUGCGACGUGGAGAACGCGGGGUUCCUCUGAGGAAGUGCUGCUUUCGGGAAGCGCCGGAGCAAGCACUCGAUUUUGUGCACGCUUGCCGGUUGGCAGGAGCGGACAUGGAAAAGCAUGGGGAGGAAACUGAGCCGUGAUCUGAAGUUCUCGGGGACGGCCGCCGCGCCAAGGACAGAUGAAAUUUAGAAUCAUCUCUUCAAGUACUAUAGACAGUCUUGAUGGGAUAUUGUUUGUGGUUGCAGUGAAUUUGUAGACUAAUUUGAGAAGAGACAUUGUUUUGAGUUUUUUCCUGAGAAUAGUUUACUGAAGCAAUUCUCCUAAAGCCUUCUCCAACAGAAUACAUUGCUAACCUUGUGGAUUUUUUGAUCUGAUAAGUGAAAUUUUCAAGAAAGUGUCCUUGAAUUCAAACUCUGUCUUCCAGAGGGCAGUUUCACUUCUUCAUACUUCUUACUUGGACUCUGCAUCUGAGCCUGGUUUUCAGUACAGUCAAGUGACUUUGGUGAAAAAUGACAUUUUCUUAAAUGAGUACAGAAACUUUUACCAACAAAAAAAGGCCAGUAAUUAUACUCCAGAAGAACUUCAAGAAACUUACGGGUUUCUUCUGUUUGAAACGGAAAACCAGUAUCUUUUGUUUGAAGGCAAAAUUGGUAUGUCAGCGUGGACUCUGUGUUGGCAGCAGUUCUAUUACCACUCUGGGUGAUCCAUCUAAAGGUGUAUACGUUUCGAAAUACUCAGAUUAUCUUCAUCCAAGACCGUGGUAUCAUGGGAAAUCUGGCUAUAUUGUAAUAUUUAACCUAAUUAAGGGAAAAGUCAAGUUUGUGUCUGAGAAUUACACGACUAACUAUACUAGGCCAUCUUCUGGCUAUGAUUGCCACGUGGCUGCAGAUACAAACAAGGUUUCUCAUAAGACGAGUCAUUUUCGUGCCUUUGAAUUGAGUCAGUAUUACCUCUAUGAACUUUCAGGGAGUACUGUUACUAAGCGACCAAGACAGCUCUGUCCUUAUGUAAUUGUAGCUUUUAAGUACAGGGAACCUAAAAUGAUGGCAGCAUCUGUUCAUAAAAGCAUACCUGAACUCACUGAAAAUGUUCUUGUUCCUCCAUGGAAAGGGAAAUUAAUUAUUGGAGGUUAUAUGCUAUGUGAUAUAACACUUCGGUCCACUUAUGGUAUGGUAAUUCCAACACAACUACCACCGGAGCUAGAUUUUAAAUAUGUAAUGAAAGUGUCUUCUUUGAAAAAAAGACUCCCAGAAGCUGCUUUUAAAAAACAGAAUUACUUGACACAGAAAGUCUGUUGCCAAGAUUUAUGCUUCAGUUUGUAUGAUGUGGAACUGUCAAACAGACAAGGGGAAAAAAUAGAUAAGCUAAUAGAAUAUAUUAAAAAUAAGCAGUUGGCAAUCAUCAAAUGCUUAGAUGAUCGAGGUUUUUUUAUUUUACUUACAUCAUCAGCCUUAAUAUCAGAAUCAGAUUUUGGAGGUGAGCAGAUAGGUGUAAUUGGGUUACAUUUAGGCCAUUCAUCCCUGUCAACAGAGGUGAAAGAUUUGAAAGUUGAAGAUGACAUCUUAUUGAAGGUCAUACCUAUUUUACCUGCCCUUAAUUGUGCCCUACUAGAAGCAAAAAAAUCACUUCCUGAAGAAGGAAUCCAUCCAAAUACAUUAGUAAAACAAAAUUUCCAAGAACUGUGUAUGGAGGACAGAAGGCCUUCAUUGACUGCUGCUCCUCAGGAUGGAAUUAGAGAGACCGCACUCUUUGGAAAACCGUCAGAUGGUUUUGACUUGGUUCCUCCAGCUGAAAAGUGCCCUUUAGAGUCAUUAAAUCUGUUGAAGUCUUAUUUUUCAGAUCCUAGUGGUUACAUUUUAGAAAUAUCUACUGCCUUGGAUUUGUUAGCAGAGGAUUCUCAGUCUACUUGUAUUUCAGAUGGAAUUUGUGAUGCUGGAUUUUCUUUAGUUAUGACUCCAGAUCCUGAAUUUCUUGACUCAGAGGCAGAAGUAAGAAAAGACAAUGAAACAGAAAAUAAUUCUAAAGAAAGACUGAAAGCAAAGCAGGGAACUGUGGUUCCACUGAGUCCAGUAUCAAAUCUGAGAGUGCAGCCCAAGAGAAAGGCCAGCAUGCUUCCUGUGGUACCAAGUAAAAGGGUGAAUUUGUGCUGCCCCUUUCCUAAAAGAAGUGUGCUUGGAGCAGGCAGUGGUUCACAGUCACCAACUACUCUUAAGUUGGUUAAAGGACAGUUUCCUCAGAAAAGAAAAAGAGGUGCGGAAGUGUUGACAGCACAAUUUGUACAGAAAACCAAAUUGAAUAGGAAGAACCAAGAAGCUCCUAUUUCUAAAGAUGUUCCAGUGUCAACAAAUGCUAAAAGGGCAAGGAAACAAGAAAAAUCUCCAGUCAAAACUGUUUUAAGAAAUAAAACAUCUAUGAAGAAAUCUCUUCACAAACAGAGGGUAAAUAUAGUAAAAGGUUACCAGAAUCCCAGAAUCAGAAAGCAGCCACAAUCUGCCAAAGGAGAAACUAUUUCACAGCUUGAAUCACAAGUUUCAUCAGAUGGCCCAAAAGAUGCUAUUAAUGUAAAUACAGUUCAACCAGAAAAUACCACGGUGGAUCAGAAAGAUCUUACUGAAAACUCCAUUAUGAACUAUGAUUCCCAGGCCCUAAAUAUGUUAGCUGACCUAGCAUUACGAUCUGCUACUUCUUCCACUCCAUCAGCUGAGCCUAGAAACCUUCCCUGCACUGAAUUGUUACAAAAUGAUGUUGUGCUCCCUAAAGAAAGUACUUUGCGAGGUACAUCUGACCAUGAAUAUCAUAGGGGAAUUAAAAGUCAGAAAGGUGGACUAUUAGUUAAGCCAUCCUCUGAUAAGAAGAGUAAUUCAGGGUCAGACUUAACUGUCAGCCAAGAUGAAGAGAACUUGGUUUCUUGUAGUCAGGCCCCUGCUAAAGUCCAGUCAGCACUUACUGUGGAAACGUCAGCCCCUUCAGAUGCAAGCCAAAACACUUUUGUUGCUGUGGAACAUUCAUAUGCCCUACUCCUUGCAGAACACUCCAAGAAAUAUCUACACCAGAGAGGGAUACCAGGUCCUGCCUUUGCCAAGAAUGGGACAAAAGGCCCUGAUGCAGGAACCCCAGUGGGAAAAGUCAUGCCUUUUCGGCAUCAGCAAAACAUCUCCCCACUACAAAAGCUUUCUGAGGAUCCACUGAUAAAGCGCAAGAGCCGAUUGAUGUCUUCCAAUCUUAAAAAUGUUUAUUACUCUCAUAACGUAUUUAGCUGUGAUGGCUCCUUGAAGGUCACAUUCAAAUGUGAAGCAGAAUAUGCAUUCAGCUUAGAUAGCAAAUAUACAAAUAAUCCACUAGAAAAAACUGUUGUAAGAGCAUUACAUGGGCCCUGGAACACUGAUUUGCCUGAUAAUGUGGAGGAAGUGAAGCUUUUACUGCAUAUGUGGGUAGCUCUGUUUUAUAGCAAUCAGAACAAAGUCAUAAGAUCAUCCCGAAAAGUGGUAGAACACAGCAACCCAGCAAAAUAUGUGUCUAUAAAUAGUACAUUAGAAUCUUUUGAACUCAGUGAAAUUGAGGAGUUCCCCAAAGUGGAAAGAUGUUCUGCAGACCCUCUUUUGGAAACAAAAGAAACUUCCAAAGGUUAUGCUACUGAAGUAUCCUUCCCUGACCAUAACUGCUUGCUUCCUUUCAUUAAAUCACCUCCUGUCAAAGGCUUGGAACUCUGUGUACAGAAUGAACAGAAAGAAAUUUUUGCAGGAAAGUGUCAUCUAGAUACUUCAGAAAGCCAGAAUUUCAUCUAUUCGUGCAAUAGUGAGGUAAUUGGGGAAAAAACUAAACAAGAAUCAUCAGCUAAAUCGGAGACUUCUAAACUUAUGCUUUCUGAUAUUGGAAAUGCCCAAAUUAAUGGACUUUCUGUUCCUAGUAAAGAUAAAACCUUUCAGCAACUUGAUAGCACAACAUUGGUUCCUUACAAUGAUACUGUCACACAAGUCCCAUUCACCACAACUUACAGUGAGACCAGCAAUCAGUCAGUGAUGUGUCAAAAGUCUGUGUGCAGCACCCUUGAAAGCAAAGUUGAUAUUUUUCAUGCACAAAUGCAAACAAACACAGGUGCUUUACAGGACCAUAUCCAUCGUAGAAGCCCCAUAAGCAAUGAAUGGCAGCCUUCCUUGGAGAGGACAGAUGAUACGGGGUAUGUAAUGAUUAAUCUGGAACCGGUUACUCUUACAUUUGACAAAAAUGCCUAUGUACCAGUACAGACAGAAGUUGUAAAUAGAGGUGAUAAACCAGUUACCUUUAAUACAGAGUUGAUUAAGCAAGUAUCACCUACUACAAGUAUUGGACAUCCUGUAUCCACAGUAGAGAAGUCACAAAUACAAAGUCUUGGGGGCAUUCCACCUCUAGCAAUGUCAGGACAGAAAGGUGCUAAUUACCUUUCUGCCUCUUUAGUAACUAAUGGAACACUUGCUGAAGAAACAUAUUCCUUACAGAAAGAGAUACCUCUUACAAUCUCAUCACCAUCUGAUAAUGCAGUGGUAAUGAAGACGUUGUUAGGUAAAGGUUCUAGUUAUCCAUUAGCUGAUGAUAAAAUGAAACAGUCUCAAGAACUUUUUAUGCAGACUCAGAAUCUCUUUAGCAUAUGUUCAGAAGAGAUAGUAGAGCCAUCACAGGUUGAAGUAGUCUCACCAUCAGCCUCUAUCACCUUGGAGAAAAAGUAUUCACUUAACUGCAUUCCAUCAAAAAUCAAUACAUCAGAUGACUCUUUUGAACUAAGAAAGAAUGACAAGAGUGGUAUAAACAAUGAAAAUAUGCAUUUUGAAUCAUUUAAUUCAAUAUUUGCCACUAAACAAACCAGCCUGUCUCCAAAUAGAGAAGAAGUUAGUGUAGAGUUAUCAGAGGAGGAUUCUGAUAUUGACUUAACUCUAACAAUAUCUCCACCUUCAAGUCCCAGAAAAGAAAUGCCAUCUGAUGAAAAUGAGCAACUUGAGGAUGUCCCAUUAUCAAAUAUAGAACUUCAGGAUGUAGUUGAAGAAAUAGCUGAGCCAGAAGAGGUGACCCUCAUGGAAAACAGACCAGUGAAUUCAGUGUAUCCUGCAAUGUCAAAAAAACUAUUAGAAAAUAAAGAGAAGAAAAGUGAUAAUUUACAACCAGUUACUUUAAUACUUUCUAAAGAAAAUUGUACCCUUGAAAUUGCAGAGGAAGUUAUUACCUCUGACUUUCGCUUUGAUUCUCUUAUUGAGGAAGUGUCACCAGCUUCUAGUCCUGACCCUCCAGUAUCAAUUGAAGAAACACGACCAACUCAGACUGUGUCACCAUGUAGUUUAAUACUUUAUGGUACACAGUGUGAGAAAAGUAACAAAUUCUCCCAGAUUGUGUCAGGAGAUUUAGCCAUAACAGAAAAAGAAAAUUCUUUAAUUGGGCCUAACUAUACUGAAAGACAAGGUAAUUUCACUCAGGUACAACAAAUUCAACUGUCUGCUGAUACUCCUCAAGCAUUAAACAAUCAUCCAGGAAGAAAAGAUAGACUAGCACUUCCUGGUAAAGUAACAGAGGAAAUUGUCCCAACUGAGCAAGAUGAGGGUUUAUCUUUCUCAGAGGAGGUACAGUGCUAUGAUACAAAGUUAAACCAGCCUGCCUCAACUGGCCAAAAUGAAGGUAAUGUCAAGCCUUCCCUUGAAAAACUGGUAAAAUCGGGAAAUUCAUUGCAACCAAUUAGCAUAGAGAACAGACAUUUGGACUUAAAACAUCUUGUCUUGGAGUCCAGUGAACCUCCAUUUAGUCCUAGAAAGAUUAAUGAAAAUAAGUCUUUGGCUGACACAUUAGUUUCUACAGCUACUCUAAGUGAUAUAAUGAAUAUGCCAAUAAAACAGCAGACUAGCCCUAAAAGCAUUAAGAAAAAUUUCUUUCACAGUGAUUUGAAAACAGAGUAUGGCAGUUCAAGUAAGGCCAAUCUGUUGAACUCUGACUCCAUUGAUGGAACUGAUGCUGUGCACCUAGAGAUCCCAAAGCUUGGUCCUCCCUCUGAUGGUACUACAUUAACUCACUAUGCAUUACCAGUUAGUGUAGAGCCAGGGUUUCGAACACAGGAAAUAUCUGUAGUCAGAAUGGCCAGUUUGCUUAAUAGUGAAACUGAAGCUGAGUUACAUGAAGAAAACACAGAUCUACAUGUUGCCAGCCCUCAGUCUGACAGCACAUCCACAAAAAAUGAACAAAAAAUCUGCAUGCUGCAGAAUACAUCAUGGGAAACAAAAGAGCUGUUGAAUGGUGAACUUUUCCCCAAAGAUGCUGGUCCUUACCAAAAAACAGCAGAUACCAGUAAAGAUAUCAAUAAAGAGCCUUCUGCUUUCUCUAUUCCAAAAUCCUUUGACUCUCUUGUUUGUGAAAUCUCUAAAGAGCAUGUGGAAAGUAACAGCACUACUGAGGGGUGCAGGGCUGAGGCUGAUUCUGAAACCCUAGACAGAGACAGACAGAGCAGUGUGAAUUCUGACAUAUACUAUGAGGCACUUUCUGAAGACCAUGAUGAAUUAGAUGUGGAGGAUUCUUACACUUUGAGUGGUAGUCAUACCAGGAAAAAAGAUGCUACAAAAGGUGGUUUUGACACUUUUAUGAAGGUAAACAAUAAUGAUAAUGAAGGUUGGAGCUACUUUAACAAAGUUCCAGAGCUGGAAACCAGCAUUCCACCCAGAAGCUGGGCUAUUAGUUUAAAUAAAGAAGAUAAAUGUGUGCCAUGCUAUAUCCAAAUCCGAGAUCUCCAUGGUAUUCCCAGAACUUACCCUAACUUUACUAUAACAAAAGAGCUCAAAAAUACCACAGGAACUUUGCAUAGCCCGAGGAGGCAGCCAGGCUUGACAGCACACUGUGGUUUGCCCAGCAUCUGGAGACACAGGUGGCAUGUGCCAGAUGACCUCACCCAGAACACCUUAGACCUGGAGUAUCUGCGUUUUGCUCAUAAGCUAAAACAGAUAGUAAAGAAUGGGGAUUCUCAGCGUUCUACUCCCACCAGUAUCUUUCCAAAGGAAUCACCUACCCAGAUUGUGAAUGGAACAUUAUCCUUGACAAAUGUGUCUGAGGUUCCAAUUCUACGUCCUACAUCCAAGAACAGAAGUCCCCUUCUGGUAACAAUUGUACAUUCAGAUGCCAGACAACAGAGUCAGCCCCUGAGAGGCCGCUCACCCAGAAAUCUUGACAGCUCUCUUCCUUGGAAGGAAAGAAGUAGUUACAGUAGAAAUCUUACAAAUUCUCAAAGAAAUCAGACUGUUUCAUUUCACCUCAACAAACUGAAGUACAACAGUGCUUUGAAAGAAUCCCGGAAUGAUAUCUCUCUUAUUCUCAAUGAAUAUGCUGAAUUCAAUAAAUUAGUGAUGAAUAACAAUCCAGUAGUUUUCCAAGAUAAAGAUUUAAAUGCUGAUUCUGGAGAAACCACACCUCAAGAGAUGUGUACAUCUUCCCCAAGACGGUCAGCCUCAUUUGAAGAUAUGAUUACAGACUUGUGUACCAGUUUACAUGUCAAACUGAAAAGUGUUGUGAAAGAAGCUUGUAAGAGUACCUUCCUAUUCUACCUUGUUGAAACAGAAGACAAAUCAUUUUCUUUAAGAACAAAGAACAUUCUGAGGAAAGGAGGCCAUACGGAAAUUGAACCCCAGCAUUUCUGUCAAGCUUUUCAGAGAGAGGAUGAUACACUAAUAGUCAUCAUCAGAAAUGAAGAUAUAUCAUCACAUUUGCAUCAAAUUCCUUCUUUGCUGCAGCUCAAGCAUCUACCCAGUGUCGUCUUUGCUGGAGUAGACAGCCCUGAGGAUGUUACUGAUUACACCUACCAAGAGCUGUUUCGUACAGGAGGCUUUGUGAUAUCAGAUGACAAAAUAUUAGAAACUUUAACAUUAGAUCAACUUAAGGAGAUUGUCAAAACCCUGGAAAAGCUAAAUGGAAAUGGAAGAUGGAAGUGGUUACUUCACUACAGGGAAAAUAAAAAGCUAAAAGAAAUAGUAAGAGUGGAUUCAGUUGCACACAAGAAGAACUUAAUAUUGAAAUCAUACCAGGGUGCAAAUAUCAUUGAAUUGCUUCACUAUCACCGGUGUGACUCUCAGUCAUCAACAAAAACAGAAAUUUUGAAAUGUUUGAUAAGUCUGCAAAUUCAGCAUAUUGAUGCCAGGUUUGCUGUCUUCCUUACAGAUAGGCCUACUGUAUCCAGAGAAGUCUUUGAAAAUAGUGGAAUCCUUGUUACAGAUGUAAAUGAUUUCAUUGAAAAUAUACAAAAAAUAGCAUCUCCAUUUAGGAGUAGCUAUUGGUGACUGGACUGAAGCUUGCCUAUUCAUGAACGAUGCCUAACAACAAUUUUCUUUGAUAAACAUGAGAUAGUCAUUUCAUAUUUUGAAAAAUCAAUUGUUCUACAACUUCAUUUUUAUUUUGCUAGAAUGUCUGAUUUCAUAGUAGUUGUUGAGCUUUGGGUCACAAUGUUGAAUAUUGUUUUAAAUUAUUUUAAACAGAAUGCCUUCAAAGCUAUUAAUUGGACUUACUAUUCAAAAUAAGAAUUUUACAACAUGUUUACAUAGUUGGAGCCAAGAAUAAGUAUUUUAGUAACGAAUAACUGCAUUUUUAUAUGUUAAUGUAAUGCAUGUUGUGGUCUGUUUUAAAGUUUUGCCAUCCUUGUGAAACUAUAAAUCUUAAAUGGUUUUAUUUGCUAUUAUAUAAACAACACUACACAAAGUUAAUACAUUUUUUUCCUAAAUGGUACAAAUUUAUAAACUGUCAUUUUUCACUUAGUUUUUGUAAAUACUACACUACAAAAUCAAUUCUGAGGAAACUUUAUGAUAUUUGAAUUUCUACAGUAAUCUUUCAAACUAAAAACCAAACAUUUGAGAUACUUAGUAUCUAUUUGGAACAAAAGUUUUUGUAACUAAUUUGUUUCUUUUUUUUUUUUUUAAUAAAGACAACCCAAAAGCAUCCAACCAAAGUUUCUGCAAUGAUUUUAUGGCAAAAAAAAAAAAAAAAAAAACACCUUGUCUUAGCAAUCUCGGGCCAUUAAACAGGAAUAACUAACCUUCCAGAGCAAUCCUACCACUUAGACCCUCACAGACCUGCUAGUGUUUCUGGUAUCCUUUUCCCUCCUCAAAGUCUUAGUAAUAAAUAGCCUGUACAGUGAGGCUUACCACUACUUAACAUCAAUAGGAGUCAAGCAUCGUAUACUAUAUAGUAUCAGGAAUAAAAUGUGGGGUCUACUCAUACUGAAGCCAGAUGAUGACAAGGGCUGCUCUGAUCUGUCCAGAUCAGGAGCCACAUAUGCUCUUUGAUACUGUGCACACCUUAUGAUUCUAUCAUCUUUCAGCUUUACUGAAGGAAACACUAAUAGUUACAAUCAGGACACAGACCAAUACAGAGAGCAGUGGUAUCCAGAAUUUGGCUUUAUUUUGCAGUACAGAAAUCAUUUGGAGCCAUUUCAGACAGACUAAAGUAGAGGCUCUGUCAAAUCAAUACUGCAUUGCAGCUUGGUCCAUUGAAGAAGCCACACCUGUGAUAUAAAAGAUACUUCUACAUUUUACCUGCUUUAUGACCGAUUCCUUUCCCCUUGGUCUCACCAAUUUCAUUAGUUAAAACACCACAAAGUGGCUUCCUCCAAAUGACUCCCUAUCUCUGGAGUUUGGUUAUAAUUUAUGCCCACAUAAACCAAAUCUGUGGCUAUACUAUUUGGGACCUGCCAUAAUAUGUGAUAAAACACAAAACAAAAUUAGAGGGAGAACUUGGGGGUGCUGUUUCAAAUUAUGGAAUAUUCAGUGUAGGAUCUCAGUGUCAUAAGGACAGAUGGCACAGACAUACAGAUACAGUUCUUGAGCAGCAGAGGCACAACUGCCAAGACUAUGCUGAUUAAAAGAUAAAAAUACUGUAUCAAGUUCUCUGUAUCAGUAUCACAAUGUUUGUUUAAAACUGAUCUUUCACAGGAUGUGGGGUGGUUUGGUUAAAUUGGAACAGAACGUGGUAACCUGCCAAUUCUGAAUAGCCACUCCAAGAACAGAAGUUAAUACAUGAUACUAGAAAGAUGAAGGGGGAGGAAUAUUUACUGGUAUAGUGCUCUUCAAUCCCUCCAUUUUAAUUACAAAAGCAGGCUUUACAAUACUGAUUUCAUACAAUAUGCAUUAUUUGCCAAAUUUUAAAUUUGUCCCAAUUUAGUAACAUGUACUGUUGUUAGUCUUCCCCAUAGAUGUCAUUUUUCUUGCGCUUCAUUUCCUCAAAGUCAAACUCUGAUCCUGUCAUCCUCUUAUAGAUGUCUUUAAUGUCAUCACAAGUUGUCUCAAAGUGAGUCGUAGCAUCAUAUGUGCGGGAAAUAAAGAUCUGGAAAUAAAAAUCAUAAAAAUUAUGAUUUGUUAAGGGAUAUCUUGCAAUGAAGCCUAAUAUCCUUUUCAGAUCUCCACACUCACCUGGCUUUCUUUUCCCAAAUCUUUUGGCACAAGGAGGUCACUGAUGCUAACAAAUCUGGAGGGGAAAAAGAAUUAGGUUGCCAAGUUAGUUGGCCUCAAACUAAUAAUUGUUUGCUGAAUUUCUAAACACAAAAGGUAAGACUGGUAGAGAUGGUUCAGUUUAAGAAAUACCCACAAGAACCCAAUGGUUGCCUUCCUUGUUAUCAUGUUCAAACCACCACCCCCCAAAGCCAAAAUCAAGACCCCAAUUAGGAUUUUAGUUCAUAUAAAUGAACACAACACUCACUUCUGUUCAAUUGGUUCCAACAGUUCCAAAGCUGGUCUGAUUUCUUUCUCAGGUUCCUUGGUUUCCAUAGUUGUACUGACUAUGGCAAUGUACUUCCCUUGUGCUGCCACAUUGUGUGCAGAGGAAAUCAUGCAGACAUAGAUAUCUAGAAACAAAUAAUAGCAGCUCAAUGCCUAAAGUUUAUAAACCUGUUUAUAAAACUUAGCAUACUAACUUUUCACUAUAUUUCAUCAAGGUGUUAAUUUACACUACUUGAAGCAGGCAAGAUCUUAUAAACAUUCUACAUGGAGACAAAACACAACCACAGUAUUCAAAUAUUUAACGAUUAAAAAUUAUGUGGCAGUGAACCGCUAAACAUGAAAAUGAAAUCUCCCUGCUGUAUAAUAGCUAACAAGCCAUAUUAACUAUUCUGGGAUUUUCUUUUACUUAGGACUUUGCAUUAAAUAGCUAACAAGAUUUAUUAAGUACUGUUUCCUUCAUUUGAUACUGCAGAUCAGUAUAAGACCUUUAUGAACUAGUUUAACAGACUCACAGGUCCUGAUACCAGACCUGGUCUGUAUAUCACUAUUCUAAACAACUGCAUAAUUUGCAAUAUAGAAAAUAAUUAUUGGAGGUUGGCAUUCUGCUACUUGUGACAAUGGCAUCCCACAUUAGAGUACCAGUUCUAUUCCUGGUUGCUCCACUUCCACGCUAGCUCCCUGCUAUAAUGUGCUUGGGAAGGCAGUAGAAAAUGGCCUAAUUACUCAGGCCCCCAUAACACACAUAGGAGACCUGAAUGGAGUUCAGGCUCCUAAAGCUUCAGCUGGCCCAGCAUUGGCCAUUGUGAUCACUUUGGGGAGUGAACCAGCAGGCAGAAAAUCAGUCUCUCUCCCCGUUUUUCUCUGUCACCCUGCCUUUCAAAUAAGUAAAUCUUAAAAAAUUAGUACCAGACUCCCUAUAUAUUUUUUUAAGAUCUUCACAAAUCCAGGGAACUGCCUGUUUUAAUAUAAACCUUAAAUGCAAAAUAAUAAUAAUAGUUAUAAUACAGGCAAGAUUUAGGGCUGAAACUCAAUUCCUGAUAUGAAUCAGAGAAAUAAAAUUUUUCUAGCACAUUUUUAAAAUCAAAUAAGUGUUUGUAUAAAAGCAGCUGUGUCAUCAGCUCAAAAACAGUGUAAUCAGUUCAACAAUUACCUACUGUGAAUGGGGACUUUUGUGUUUACCUUGUCUAGUCCAUUAAUUCCAAAAGGAAGGAAACGAAGGUCCAGAGAGAUGCAACAAGUGUUAGAUAAGGCACUGGGGCCAGCGCUGUGGCGCAGCGGGUUAAAGCCCCGGUCUGAGGCGCUGGCUUCCCAUACGGGCGCCGGUUCUAGUCCUGGCUGCUCUUCUUCUGAUCCAGCUCUCUGCUAUGGCCUGGGAAAGCAGUGGAAGAUGGCCCAAGUUCUUGGGCUUUGACUUCUGCACCCACAUAGGAGACCUGGAGGAAGCUCCUGGCUCCUGGCUCCUGGCUCCUGGCUUCGGAUUGGCACAGCUCUGGCCAUUGCGGCCAUCUGGGGAGUGAACCAAUGGAUGGAAGACCUCUCUCUCUUUCUACCUCUGCCUCUCUCUGUAACUCUGUCUUUCAAAUAAAUAAAAUAAAUCUUUAAAAAAAAAAAGAUAAGGCUCCUAGUCAACAACGUAAGCUGCAGGAUCACUAGAAGCUGAAAGUAUCACAUGUCCCCCACAUGUACACUUAAGUCUAUUCACUAUAAUACAGCAUACAAAAUUAGGAAUUUCAGAUGAAAUCCAAUGUAAAUUACAUCUAACAAAAUCUUAUAAACAUCUGCUGGUCUUCAAUACUCACCUGACUUUCGAUUGACUUGGUUUUGUGGAAUAAUGAUCUGGCAGGAGUUGGCAUCGUUGGUAUUCUUGAUGGGAUGACUAAGAAUGCAGAUAACUCUUAUCACCUGGCCCACUUUCUCCACCCGAUCUUUUACAUAGCUGGGGUCACAGAUGAGCUGCUUACAGCGAGCAAUCUGUAAGAAAACAUUGAAGGGGCUGGAUCUGUGGUGCUGGCAUCCCAUCUGGGUACCAGUUUAAGUCUCAGUUGCUCCACUUCUGAUCCAGCUUCCUGCUGAUGGCCUGGAAAAGCAGCACAAGAUGGCCCAAGUGUUUGGACCCCUGCACCCACAUGGGAGAUCCAGAAGAAUCUCCUGGUUCCUGGCUUCAGUAGGUCCAGCUCUGGCCAUUGAGGCCAUUUGGAGAGUGAACCACAGCGGUUCCUGGCUUCAGUAGGUCCAGCUCUGGCCAUUGAGGCCAUUUGGGGAGUGAACCACAGCGGAUGGAAGACCUGUCUCUCUCUGUCCCUCUGUAACCCUGUCUCAAGUAAAUAAAUACAUCUUUAAAAAAAAAAAAAAACUUUAUAAAGAAGACAAAUUGAUGGAAACAACUGAUUGGAAGAGUUAAUACUGUUAACAUGUCAAAAACCUGUCCUGAAAUGUAUAUUGAUUCUCAAGGAAUUGAAUUUAAGAAUAACCUAAACAAUAUUGAACAAGUCUUGAAAAUUCACUAAAAAGCUACAGUAGUCCAGUGUGGAAUUAACAUAAAAGCAUAUGGACUAAUGUAACAAAAAAGAAAGCCCCAAAUAAACCUGCUUAUCCACAAAUAAUUUGACAAAGGUACCCAGACCAGUCUACAGAAAAGAUAACUAUUUCAACAAAUGCUACUAUAUGGAAAUUGUAUCCACAUGUAAAAGGAUGAGGUCAACUCUUGUCUAACACCAUAUACAAAAAUCAAAAUAGAUCAAGAGACCUAACAUCAUAAAACUGUUAGAAGAAAACAUAAGGCAAAGGUUUCAAGACCUUGGAUUUGGAAAUUUCUUGGACACAACAAAAUGAAAUGGGUUAUUUGAUCCCACAAAUAUUUUAAUUUUUGUGUAUCAAGAAACACUAUAAAGAGGCAACCCAUAAAAUGGGAGAAAAUUUGCAAAUGAUAUGCCUGAUAAUGGAUUAAUAUCCAUAUUAUACCAAGAACUACUACAUCCCAACAACAAAAAAACCAACCUUAUUCAAAAAAUGUGGAAAGGAUUUGAAUGUAUCUUUUCCCAAAGACAUUAGGCUCAUAAGCAUAUGUAAGAUGCUAACCAUCACUAAUCAUUAGGGAAAUGCAAAUCAAAACUACAAUGAUACACCACAUCUCAUACUCAUCAGGAUAGCUACUAUCAAAAAUGUUGGCAAGGGCCGGCGCCACGGCUCACUAGGCUAAUCCUCCGCCUUGUGGCGCGGGCACACUGGGUUCUAGUCCCGGCUGGGGCGCCGGAUUCUGUCCCGGUUGCCCCUCUUCCGGGCCAGCUCUCUGCCGUGGCCAGGGAGUGCAGUGGAGGAUGGCCCAAGUGCUUGGGCCCUGCACCCCAUGGGAGACCAGGAGAAGCACCUGGCUCCUGGCUUUGGAUCAGCGCGGUGCGCCGGCCGCAGCGGCCAUUGGAGGGUGAAACAACGGCAAAAGGAAGACCUUUCUCUCUCUCUCUCUCUCUCUCACUGUCCAAAAAAAAAAAAAAAAAUGUUGGCAAGAA